GGCAGGGACUUCCCAGAAGCGAAAGUGGAAGUAAGCUGGCUUGCAGAACCUUCCCAAGUGUCUUCUGGCCAGCCCAGCUGCAGUUGGGGGAGACCAAAGUCCCUCGAGAGUUCUGCCGUGGACCCUGCCUCUGUACCCAGCUCUGCAGCCUUGGCUGUGUCCAGAUGGACCCCAGACCCGCAUCAGUGAAGCUAGAUGUGCUCCGCGCCUUUCAGGAAGAGCAGAUCAGACUCCAGAUGAGGCUGCAGGAGCUGAGAAGGAAGCUCAAGGACUCCCCCAAAGUCAAGGUCCCAUUCCCAGCACCUGAAAUCCCCCUGGUGUUCCGCGGACACACUCAGCAGGACAGAGGCGUCCCCAGAACUUCGGUUUCCAACCUACGGAUCUGUUGCCCAUUGCCGGGAGGCUCGGCCCUGGUCACCUUUGAUGACCCGAAAGUGGCUGAGCAGGUGCUGCGACAAAGCAAGCACAGGAUCGACAUGGAGGACUGCCAGCUGAAGGUGCAGGUGCAGCCCGUGCAGCUACCCAUGGUGACCACCAUCCAGGUGUGCAGCCAGAUGAGCGGCCAGAUGGUGCUGGUCAGUGGCUUCCCCGCUGGUCUCCAGCUGGGAGAGGAGGAGCUGCUGGACAAGCUGGAGAUCUUCUUUGGCAAGGCCAGGAACGGGGGUGGGGACGUGGAGACCCGGGAGCUGCUGAACGGGAGCGUGGUGCUGGGCUUCGCCAAGGAGGAAGUGGCCCGGCGCCUCUGCCAGAUCAGCGAGUUCAAAGUGCCGCUGGGCGGGAAGGAGGUCCCGCUGAGAGUCUCUCCCUACACGAGUGGGAGGAUCCAGGAGGUCAAGGUCACACCCCAGCCAGUGCCUCGCUCGGUGCUGGUGCUCAACAUCCCCGACAUCCUGGACGGCCCAGAGCUGCACGACCUCCUGGAGAUCCACUUCCAGAAGCCCACUCGCGGGGGUGGGGAGGUGGAGGCCCUGAUGGUCGUGCCUGCGGGACAGCAGGGCCUGGCCGCCUUCACCUCGGAGGCGGAGGCGCGCUAGGGGAUGGCUCUCCUCCCCAGCCCCCUGCUGCGGUUCUCAGAGCGCCCGGGGGUCGGGGCUGGUGCUAGAGGGCUUCGUGUUCGCCAGCAGGGGGCAGCAUCACAGCCCGCG